UGGCCCUGAUGAGAGCUUUGAAGGUUGUUAUGCCGGAUUCGAAACAUCUACUGUGUAGGUACCAUAUAUGGCAAAACAUAAUCAAGCACUGCGAACCGGCAUUGCGUAUGAAGAAAGAUGUUAACAUUGACAGGCUUAACGUUUGGUGGAAAAAAGUAUAUCAGUCUCGGACUUUUGAUGAGUUUAAGUCAAAUGAGAAGGAGUUAAAGGAAAAACUUGGGGGUUUUCCAGGCGUCUACAAGUACCUGACCGAUAAUUGGUUGUCCCCAUACCGAGAGCAGUUUGUGUCCUGUUGGGUCGAUGAACACCUCAACUACGAAAACCACACCACAAACAGAGUGGAGGCCGAGCACCAUUUACUGAAGGAAGAAUUGAGGGGGAAAUGCACAUUUACUAGAAUCCUCCAAUGUGUUGAUUCUGUCUUGAUCAGUCAAGAAGCAGAAAUAAGGGGCCAACUGGGGUAUAGCUACGGGACCCGGAAGGGGAAACAUAAUUACAACUGUAUGAAGGACCUGUUGGGAAAGGUUUCACUUAAAGCUUUGGACAUCAUGGCUGAUGAAAUUGUACGCUUAGACAAAGUCCUUAAAAGACAGGUUAACAAAUGUGGGUGCAAGGUUCAGUCCAGUUGCGGGCUACCAUGUGCCUGCAAGAUUGCCGAGUACAUGCAGCGCGGGACUCGAAUACAGCCUCAUGUCAUAGACCCGUUUUGGCAAAAGCUUGACUUAACACCGUGGACAUGCGUAGAAGACGAAGACGAAGAAGACGAUGUUCAUAAAGUUGUUGAUGAAACAUUGGUUGUCAAAAAUUAA